CUUUUAAAUACAAAACCAACAGCUAGCACGCAUACGGGGACACAAAAAUUAAAACGCAACCCGUUCGCAUCAAUACAAUAAUCCAUACCUAGUGACCAUAAUUCAUAUUUGACACAUUUAGAAUGAAUAAAGUUAAACCAAGUGUUGGAAAAAAAUGUGCGACGACAAACAGCAACCAGCAGGCGUUAAAAAAGAAUGAAUUAAACAUUGAGGAUCAACUAGAGAAACUUAACAUUAAGCAGAAAAAUGUUAAUGGAUUGUUGAAUGGUAUCGAUCAUAAAACGGAAACGAAAACUACCAAAAAAGAUAAACGAGUGCACAAAGACGACAAAUUAUCAUUAAUUAAAGAUCAUGAGCCUCUCAUAAACACCAAACAAACUGAGAAAAAUAGUGUAAAAUACGAACAUGAAGAUAUCACAGUUUGUGAUUUAAUGGAUAUGAAUGUAGAUUCUAUUGAAAGUGGAUUAACCGGAACUAAGUGUAAAGCAAAAACGAAAAGAACUGACUCCGAAAGAUCUGUUGCGAGUACUAGUAGUAGUAAAGGAGACUCUAAAUGUAAAUUAGAAGAUAUUGAAUCUUUGGAUUUUGACAUCACAGCGUAUAUCAAAGGAAGAUAUGGUGAUAGAAAGGAAGAAGAAAAAGAACUGGAAAAGGAGAAGGUGGUUGAGGGGAAUUUAGAGGAGAAAUCUGUUCAAUUAGAAUCUGACGGUGAUAAAAAUAGGGUAGAAAAUCCUGAAAUACAAUAUGUUCAGUACGAUUCUGAACUACAAAUGCCAAUGAUCAUGAAAAUUAUCCAAAAGGAUUUAUCAGAACCAUAUUCUAUUUAUACUUAUAGAUACUUUAUACAUAAUUGGCCAAAUUUAUGUUUCUUGGCAAUGUAUGAUGAUGAAUGUGUAGGAGCGAUCGUAUGUAAAUUAGACGUCCAUCGUAAAUUAAUUAAACGAGGAUAUAUAGCAAUGCUGGCUGUCGACAAACGAUUUCGAAAACAUGGUAUAGGUUCGACGCUGGUUCGUAGGGCAAUUGAAGAAAUGAUAGCUGGGAACGCAGAUGAAGUAGUGCUUGAAACGGAAAUAACGAACAAACCUGCGUUACGACUGUAUGAAGCGUUGGGAUUCGUUCGGGAUAAACGACUGUUUAGGUACUAUUUGAACGGCGUGGACGCCCUGAGGCUCAAACUUUGGCUCAGAUGAGAUCGAGAACAUCAAGAAUGGGAGGGUAAAAUUUUUUUUAUUGAAGGUGAUCGUCUUGUUGUGCGCCAUUUACUCAGGGUAUCUAUUAUCGUCAAGUUUAAUUAAUUAGGAAAAGAAGAAAAAAAUGAGUUAUUAUUUUAUAUUUUUUUCCCUUUCUUUCCGAAAUACAGAGAUUUCCUUUUUCUUUCAAAAA